UCACCAGUCAGUUGUCUCUAAAACUGAGCUAAGGGUCCCGUGCGUGAUUUGACGAUGACACAGGCGGUGUGUGGUGUCUGACAAAAUUCAUCCCUGAAUUAUUUGACGUUCGUUGAGUUGAUAUGACAAUGUAAAGAAUUGAUUUCUGUGACUGUUUCCGAUAAUAAUGAGUAGCAUAAACGAAGGUGAAAGCAAAGGAGGAAACAGUAAAAGCUUUCAUCCCAGCAUAUGGAACCACAGUCAAGUAGGAUUCACUUGGGAUUAAGAAAAAGAAACAGACAUGCAACGAGCCGGCAUGAAUGAAAAAUCACCGCUCCUAAGGUAUCGAUUGGACAGCCAAGAUCACAGUGUCGAGGUACCGGACAAUGAUGGCAACCAUGAAGUUCAUGGCGCUGGAUCUACCCGUCAUCUAACGACAUUCUUCGGCGUUUUUGUGCCAUGUGUGCUGUCUAUGUUCAGCGUAAUCUUGUUUUUGAGAGUCGGUUACGCUAUCGGUGAGAGCGGCUUGUUACAGUCUCUGGGUAUGUUUGCUUUGGGUUAUUUCAUCGUCUUGCUCACUGUUCUCUCCAUCUGUGCCAUUUCCACCAAUGGAGCCAUCGAAGGAGGAGGAGCAUACUUUAUGAUCAGCAGAGCUUUAGGACCAGAAUUCGGAGGAAGUAUUGGAGUCAUGUUCUUCAUCGCUAACGUAUUCUCCUCAGCGCUUUAUUGCAUCGGCUUUGUAGAGGCUAUUAUGGAUAACUUUGGAAUUGGAGGAGCACUUCUCGUUGACAGACAGAGCGGACUUCCUAUCGACCUUUGGUGGCCAUUUUUGUACUCCUCUAUCGUCCUCUUCUUCUGUCUCAGCGUCUGCCUCAUCGGAGCCGGGAUGUUUGCCCGUACCUCCUUCCUCAUCUUCUUGGUUGUCAUGGCAACACUCGUAACGGUGAUUGUGAGUUUCUUCACCAAGCCAGCAGGGGAUAUGCCGAUCCCGCACAACAAUCCAAUUCAUAAUGUGACGUCUAACGCUUCGUAUACCGGCUUCAAAUGGACUACGCUACAGAGCAAUCUGUACGAGGACAAUAUUCCUGACUAUACGACAGGCAAGGAUGUGAAUUUCCUUGUAGUGUUCGCCGUGUUGUUCAAUGGAUGCACAGGAAUCAUGGCUGGAGCCAAUAUGUCGGGUGAGUUGAAGAACCCAGGUAGAUCGAUUCCCAGGGGCACUCUAGGAGCUUGUCUCUUUACUGGAUUGAUUUACGCCUUAGUAGCGUUCCUCGUUAGCGCAACCUGCUCAAGAGAACUUCUGCAGAAUUCUUACGGCUUUCUGCAGCAGAUUAAUAUCUUUCCACCGGGUGUGGUUGUCGGAAUCCUAGUAGUCUCUUUAUCAGCCGCUCUUACAACUCUCAUUGGAGCAUCUCGAGUCCUCCAAGCCAUCGCUAAGGAUGCUGUAUUCGGUGUUAUUCUUCUGCCAGUACACAAAGGGAUCACAAAGGAUGGUAAUCCCAUUGUUGCAGUUCUUGUCUCUUGGUUUCUUGUCCAGCUUGUUCUAUUGAUGGGAUCAUUGAACACCAUCGCUCCCUUGGUCACCAUUUUCUUCUUGCUGUCAUACACGGCCACCAACUUGGCUUGUAUGGCCAUGCAUGUUGCAUCAGCCCCGAACUUUAGGCCGUCCUUCACGUACUUCUCAUGGCACACAUCGCUUCUUGGGAUCGUGUGUUGUCUGGUCAUGAUGUUCCUCAUCAAUCCACUCUGGGCAUCCAUCAGCAUCGUUGUCUUCAUCCUCCUCUUUAUCAUCAUCUCGUUCCGCAUCAGUGAAUCGGACUGGGGUUACAUCACACAGGCGCUCAUCUUUCAUCAAGUUCGUAAAUAUUUACUACGUCUUGACGUCAGAAAAGAUCACGUCAAGUUCUGGCGCCCUCAGAUGCUCCUACUAGUUGCGAAUCCUCGUUCGUGCUGUGAACUCAUCAGAUUCGUCAACGACAUGAAGAAGAGUGGAUUGUAUAUUCUGGGUCACGUCAAACGAGGUGUUUUGGAUGAGGGUUACUCCGAUCCUGUCCAGAAGGAAUACCCAGCAUGGAUCGUCCUGGUAGAGAAACUUAAAGUGAAAGCAUUUACUGAACUGACUCUCGCUCCAACGAUUCGGGAAGGAGCUCAACAUCUCAUGAGGAUUUCAGGACUUGGAGGUAUGAAACCAAAUACAAUAAUUCUAGGUUUCUACGACAGCUGCCCAUCCAAAGAUUCAUUCGAUAAAUGCAAAGUGACGAAUAACCAUGGCAACAUAUACGGAACAGAAGAUUCAGGCAUUGAGGAAGAGAGAGGAGAUCCGUUGAAUGCCUUUGAGCCCGUCAGACAGUUCAAUAGUCCAAACAGACUGUCCAUCGAGGAAUAUGUUAUGAUCAUCAGCGACAGCAUCCGAUUAAGGAAGAACGUCUGCCUCAUGCGUUACUUCAGUAAGUUUGACCGGGAUGCCAUCGCUGCUAGCAAGACCCCGGCGUUCAUCAAUGUCUGGCCCAUCAACUUCUUCAAGCCGGAGACCAGCGGGUACCUGGAUACUGCAUGUAUCUUCCUAUUACAGCUUGCCUGCGUCCUCCAUAUGGUCCGUGUCUGGAAGAAGCACACCUUACUACGAGUGUUCCUGUGCAAUGGUGCCGAUGAUGACAGCUCCAUCAGCAAGCACAGACGAGAGAAAAUGGAGAAGUUUCUAAAUGAGUUGCGCAUCAAGGCCACGAUCAUCAUGGUCAGCAACAGCAACAUCCAGCCGUUUGCCGUUAUGAAGGAUGACAUGGGUGCUAGUAGUGACCACGGCCAUGCCCAGUUGGUUUACUCCCAGGUCUCCGAUACGUACAUUCAAGAAGUCAACACUAUGAUCAAGAAUUACUCAAAGAACACCGCUGUGAACUUCUGUUACUUACCGCUACCUCCAACAGAUUCCACUCAGCAAGCUGAUUACAUGCGACAUCUAGAUGCGCUGACCUUUGACCUGCCCCCAACCGUUCUUGUUCACGGUAUACAAGAAGUAACAUGUACAGCACUCUAGAAGACGUCGUGUCAAAGUUCAUACAGAUUCCUUUUAUGCAUCUAAUGCUUUUAUAUUUGUAAUUAUUUUGUACUGUGCCUUUACAUUUUAUUUAUGAUAAUGAUAUUAAUUAAAGCAUUUUUUUCAAGGACAUGUCUUUUUUUUUCUAGUUUGGCUACUCAGAAAAGGCUUUCACCAUUAGUUGAAAAAUAGAAAAACCAAAAUAUUUUGAGGGAAAAAGAGUGACUUGUUUUGGUGAAAACUUGAAUUGAAAUUACUCAAUUAGUGACAGAACAAAAAAGAUCUUGUUGUAAAUUGGAAUGAGGACCAACCGUUUAAUGACUAUUUAAAGCCAAUGGCCUUGAACUACGUCUUCACUUCUUAUCAGCCAUUUGUUCCCUUUUGUAAAGAAUGCAUCUAUGACAGGCCUGGGAUUUUAUCAUUUAGAGGGCUAGGCCAUUUUCUUAAAGGCAAAAUUUUUGUUUUGAUAAACAAAAUGGGGAACCAUCGAACAUUUUUGGUGUAAAGUUGUAGGAUCCAAGAUCAGGCACCUGCCUAAACUCAAGUAAAGUUUAUUUGCUCAACAAAUAGAUGGGCUUUCGAUCUUUCAUCAAGGGCUUUUGUUUUGCUAACUCACUUUUUGAACCCUAUAUUUAAUUUAAAUUAUGAUAUUGUGAGAAUUAAAAACUUCAAGCUGUGUUGCAACUAACAUCACAAAAUAUAUAAAAUUGUUCAAUCAAAUUGUGUCAAUUUUAAAUUGCAAUUGCAACUUUUUGUUUUAGUAUAACUUAAAAGUUUUGUUACGUUUCCCUUAGGUUAUUUUAUAACAAGACUAUACCAUGAAAGUAACUUUUUAAACAAGAAAAAAAAAAUAUAGACAAAAAUAGAAAACAUGAACUCUUUAAAUAUUGUUAAUAAGGAAAGAAAAUUGCUGCAUAUUAUGAGAUUUAUCAUCCAUGGUAUGGUAGAAAAGAAUAGCAUUUGUAAUAGCAUUUUUUUUCUGCAUAUUAUAUUUUUUUGUAAAUUUUGUUAAAACAUAAGAAAACAAAUUGAAUUUAGAAAGGAGCAUAAACUGUGGAGCAAAUGUUAAACCUAUUUUAUGAACAACGUUUUGUGUUGGUAUAUAUUUGAGAUCAAAGAGCGAGUCACAUUUUAAGGCAGUGUACAAACAUUGCUCUGUAGAAAUUUGUUGCCAGAGCCAAAAUGUUCAUACUGAUGUGGUCGGAACCCUGUUUAAAAGCUGCAAAUUCUCCCUGAAUCUGCUAUUUCCAUGUUCUGAUUAUCAAAUCUGAAAAUCUAUCUGAUUAUGGAAAUCUUUUCACUAUUUAUGUUGAAUGCAAUUUAAUUAUCUCCCUGAUAUGAAAACAAUCUUCCUGAUUGCAAGAUAAAGGUGUUGGUAACUGUAGGUGUUGGUAACUGUAGCUAUCUGUCUGAAGGCACUGGACACCUUUGGUACUUUGUCAAAAAGAUUAGUAUUCUCACUUGGUGUAUCCCAACAUAGGCCCC